AUGAACACCGUCUCAGUCGCUAAAUUCGUCGGAGUCCCUGCUGCCUUGCUGCUCGGGGGAUACCACUUCUCCCUCUCCCACAACAUCAUCCCGGUCUUGUACGGACAGCCUGCAUCGGUGGCCCUCUCAGCUUUCACGCCCAUCUACAUGACGGCACUCACCCAAGUCUUCCUCCCGGCGGGGUUCCUCAGUCUGACCUCCUUCGGCACCCUGACAUACAAGGCCGAAAACACCACCGAGCGCUUUCUGUACGGCACGGCUGCCGCCAUGAUCGUGGGCUUCGGCGUGGUGACCAAGUUUGUGAUCGUGCCAGUGGCUGAGCGCCUCAUGUUCUUCGAGGAGACUACACCGCUGGGGAGCAAGUUCGGCGGCAAUGACGAGGUGGUGAGGCUGCUGAAAGCAUUCACGAGUCAUAAUUGGUUUCGUGUCGUCUUUGCUCUCGGUGCUGGGCUGAUUGCGCUGUAUGCGGUGAUGACGACGGUCGAUGAGAGAGCGCAUAAGAGUUUGCUGUGA